UCUGCUGCUCUGCUUGCUACAACCCAAAUAAAAAGGCUUACGGUUUUCACCACGUGCUUACGGGAAAUUGUGGGGACUGAACAGGACACCGAUCGACAGGGGUGGAGACAAGAGAAAGGAGAGAGAGAGAGAGAUACUAUUACUAAUCCACGGGCAAGAUAAUGUCGCAAAAGGCAUCGGAAAUCGCCGGGAAGGAAUGGGCGUGUCGUCGAGGAAUCACACAACCAAAGCCUGCAUUCCCCGCUCCAUCUUUCCAUACAUCUCUAUCUUGGCUCUCUUCUCUCUCGCAGUCGUCGUCCUAUUUAAGGUGGACGACUUCAUUUUCAGGACUAAAACCGUCGUGGGUCACAACUUAGAACCCACGCCAUGGCAUCUCUUCCCUCCCAAAGACGUAAACGAGGGACCCAGAUACGCCCGGGCUUCCAAAAUCAUACAAUGUUCUUACCUCACAUGUCUUCGCCGCAGCUCCUAUGCGGUAGAGCAAGGUCCAUCUCGAUCUUCUUCUCCAACUUCUACCUGUCCGUCCUUUUUCCAUUGGAUCCAUCAUGAUCUUGAGCCCUGGUCUCGGUCUCGGAUAUCUUUCUCCACUUUGAUGGAGGCCCGGCAAUUAGCUGCAUUCCGAGUUGUGAUUGUUGGGGGUAGACUCUAUGUGGAUUUUUAUUACGAUUGCGUUCAGAGCCGCGCGAUGUUCACCAUUUGGGGUUUCUUGCAGCUUCUUAAGAGGUACCCGGGGUUGGUACCCGAUGUUGAUCUCAUGUUUGAUUGCAUGGACAAGCCUGUUGUUAAUAAGACAGAGUAUGAGUUAGGGACUAAGGGUCCGCCACCGCCAUUGUUCCGGUAUUGCACCACCAGUGGUCACUUGGACAUCCCAUUUCCCGACUGGUCUUUCUGGGGUUGGCCUGAGGUAAAUAUAAGACCCUGGGUUGAGGAAUUUAAAAGCAUCAAGCAAGGUUCCCAAGAUGUAAUUUGGAGAAGGAAGUGGCCUCGUGCAUACUGGAAAGGGAAUCCGGAUGUUCAAUCUCCUAUCCGUACAGAAUUACUGAAUUGUAAUGAUUCUAGGAAGUGGGGAGCCGAGAUUCUGCGUCAGAAUUGGUUUGAAGAAGCAAAAGGUGGUUUUGAACAGUCCAAACUAUCAAAACAGUGUAAUCAUCGAUAUAAAAUCUAUGCCGAAGGCUAUGCUUGGUCAGUGAGCUUAAAAUAUAUUCUAUCAUGUGGUUCUCUUUCACUUAUAAUAUCUCCACAGUACGAAGAUUUCUUCAGUCGUGGUCUUGUGCCAAAAGAAAAUUAUUGGCCUGUUUCAGAUAUUGACCUGUGCCGGUCUAUAAAGUUUGCUGUUGACUGGGGCAAUGCAAAUCCAUCUCAGGCGGAGGCCAUUGGCAAAAGAGGACAGAUUUUCAUGGAAAGUUUGUCCAUGGAUCGAGUUUAUGAUUACAUGUAUCACCUCGUUUCUGAGUACUCAAAGCUGCAGGACUUCAAGCCUGCUCCACCGUCGUCUGCUCAGGAAGUUUGUGAGGAGUCCCUUCUCUGCUUUGCAGACGCAAAGCUGAGGGAAUUCCUUGAAAGUUCAACUGCCUCCUCUUCAUUAUCCCUCCCAUGCACCCUCCAGCCUGCUGAUCACGAUUUGAUUGAGAGUUGGAUACAGAAGAAGAGAAAAAUAAUCGGUGAUGUAAGGAUGAUGGAGAAGAAGCGAGCAUAAAUGGUGUUGGUCUUACCCAUUAAUUUUAAGUGUUUCCUCCCUGGAAUCGGUUUCUUUCCAACAUGGGGAUGGUAAGAUCCUUUAUUGUGGAAGCACGCCUGGCCUUUUUCUUGAUAUUGUCUUUUCGUCCCAGUCUGUAUUUUGUUAUAUCAGUGAUUCAGUGUUGAAGUUUUUAUUAUCCCACAGUCAUUCCCACUUAUUUUUCGCCUUUUCUCGAUGUUAAUUGCUCUAUAGUCUAUACUUGAGUUAGAUGUUAGAUGUAGAUCUUAGUACAAUUAAAUCCCCUAUUUUUUAUUUAUUAAGCUCGAAACUUAGAUGGUUACCUUUUAUUCUUUGAACAGAAAGUAAUGCUGUUGCAAUUGCAGCUUCUGGGACUGUAAAUAAUGAGCUACAGAUGGUAAACAACUAUGAUAGCUUAUUAGCUUAAGCUCAUCUUUUAAGUAGCCCAAUCGUUUGAUUUCCUUCA